CACGGGCAGGCCGACGUCCGCUUCCGGUCGCGACCUCCUCGGUUUCCCCCUCCUCUCCUCUCCUCGCGCGCGGACGGCGGUUGGGCGGCUCGGCGAUGGCGGCGCCCCGGGAAGAGUUCCCGAGCGAAAUCCAGGAGCCCCUGGCGGCGUUUGAGGAGUCGCUCAAGUCGGCGGAGGGUGCGCUGAGGAGCCUCAUGUCGGUGCCCAGGAGCGAGCUGCUCCAGAAGUUGGACCCCGUUGAGCAAGCCAAAUUGGAUUUGGCUUCUGCUUACACACUCAAUUCUAUGUUUUGGAUUUAUCUAAUCACACGAGGAGUCAACCCCAAAGAGCACGCUGUCAAACAGGAGCUGGAGCGGAUAAGGACGUACAUGAAUAAAGUAAAAGAAAUAACCGACAGGAAGAAGGCCUCCAGGCUUGACAAGGGAGUGGCAUCCAGAAUUGUCCGAAAUGCAUUGUGGGAAGCAAAGCCAGAAGGGGGGCAGAAAAGGAAACCCAGGUCUUUGCCACAUUCAAAAAGCAAAAAAUAAAAUGUAAAAAAAAUUCUAACAAUGAGAGCAUCUUUAUUAAUCCACCUGGUGUGCCACUGGGUGUCAGUAUUGUUUAUUUUUUUUAAAAAAAGCUAUGCAAUGUGUCGUAAUGAAACACUUUUGAUUAUGCUGCGAGAUGUUAAUUUUGUAAGGAAAUUAAAUUGAAAGUGGAGGUAGGUAAUGUUCGUAUACUUUGAAAUGGCUUUAAUUCUGUGUUGGUCAAGGGAGGAAUGAUCUUGGUGGUUGCAAGACCUUAAGGUGAUCUCGAUCUUAAACUUGUGUUUGAAAAGCUUUCUAUCUUAAGUCUGAGAAGGCAAAAUAACCCAAUUCACUUCCAAUUUUAGACAUUGAAUCACAGUUUUAUAGUCGUUGAUACAAGAUUGAAUUGCUCACUUUUAAUGCCGUUUUUUAUAUUGCAGUUUAGAAAUACAAACAGGCAAUUUCUGCUUUUCCAGCUUUGCCUUUUGCUUUACCUUUACUUAAUUAAAAGUUCUCAUGAAGUGGGCUGAGAGUGGGAGCUUCCCUUGCUUUUUAAAAAAAGGCUUAAAAAAACGAAAUAAUUUGUAUAAAUAAACAAAACCUCACUUACCAGUGAUCUAAAACCGCAAACAUAAUAAUAAUCAUCCUUGCAUUUGGUACAGCGUUUUAUCACAUCGUU